GAAUGUGCCUAUUGUAAAUAAGUCCUAUAUUUUGACAUCUGGUAUCGUGUCAGUGAUGAUACAUGUAGGGAAGUUUCUUAGCUUAGGGAUCAAACUGAAUAGGUAAAUAUUCAUAUAUUAAUAUUAAACUAUUUUACCAUUUACUAUUGCAAUCUUAAGUCAUUUUAUGUGUAGGUUAUGAGUCCAACCCAAAAUUAGUAUGGUUACAAAUGUUAAUUAAUUCAUAAACUUUACGAAUGCUUCAAGUUAGUUUGGGGGGUCUUUAUGUUCUUUUAAGUUAGCAGGGAAAUUUUAAGGAUUUUUGUUCGUAUACAUUGGUAUUUUUUAGUUUGGCAUAUGACCAUCACUGGCAAAUGUUUUGAUUUUUGUGUUAUGAAAAAAAAAUUCAAUAAAUAGAAUGUAAAUACAAAUUUAAUGUUAUUGUGUACAAAAAUAUAAUACAAACAGUGAAAUAAAUAUAAAAUGAUAUCCUCAGAGUUCUUUUUUGAAGAUACCGAAGAUGAAACCAACGAGGACAUGAUUAUGGUUGCCAGAAAUAGAAGGCUAAUAAGGGAUUCUUCCAAUCCUCUGGAGCUUCCAAAUAAUUUAUUUUUGAAACACUUCCGAUUAUCAAAAUCAGCAAUUGUUCAGUUGUUGGCGGACAUCGAAGAUCGACUCAAGCCAACUAAAAGAUGUACGGCAAUACCGAACGUAGUUAAACUGGCAGCUACAUUAAGAUUCUGUGCCCACGGAUCAUACCAAAUUUAGCGUUGUUAAUGAGUACUGUCUCGGCCUUGCACAGUCCACUGUGUCCCUUGUACUUAAGGAAGUACUUAAUGUCAUGGAAAAUCAAAUUUGUCGAAAAUGGAUAAAAUUUAAUUACUCUGAAGUAGAAAAAAGUGCCAAAUUAUACUUUUUCGAAAGAAGCCAUAUACCAGGUGUAAUAGGUUGCGUUGAUGGUACGCAUAUCAAAAUUGCAUCUCCAAAAAAGGAGUUACAGCAUGCGUACUACAACCGCAAAGGAUUUUAUAGCAUAAAUGCGAUGAUCGUUUGUGACGAUGCAAUGAAAAUACGAUUCAUAAAUGCAAAACAUCCUGGGUCAACACACGAUUCAAACGUUUUUAACAUGUCCAGUUUGAGGACACUUUUAGAAAGAGAACAUCAAAGAGGGCAAACAAACACUUGGCUGCUUGGUGACGCAGGAUAUCCUUUGAAGCCAUAUUUAAUGACCCCAUUUCGAAAUACUGAGUCAGGUUCAUUAGAAAGCGCAUUUAACAAAAAACAUGCACAGGGAAGAAACAUAAUAGAACGUACAAUUGGUGUGCUGAAAAAUAGAUUCAGAUGUUUGCUGACGGCAAGACAGUUGCAUUAUUCUCCAAAGAAAGCAAGACAGAUUACGAACGUGUGUGCAGCUUUGCAUAAUAUUUGUCUUUUCCAUAAUACUCCUAUAUUGGAAGACUUCAUAGAAGAACCUGAAGGUGACGAUUCGGCAAACUUGGAAAACAUGAUUGAAAACUUUCGAAACGAGGAAGAUGUUUCAAUACGAAACCAAAUUGCAUUGUCAAUGUUUGAAACUUAA